AUGGGAGAUGAAGAUUGGGAAGCAGAAAUAAUCAAACCUCGUAUGUCUUCCUAUGUUCCUGUACUUGAGAAGGAUAGGUAUUCUUCUGGAGCAAAUGGAGACACUUUUAACAGGACUCUGGCUUCAUUGUCAGAAAUGGAUGAUGGAUCUUCUCGAAGAGAUCAUUUCAUGAGAAGCAGACUUGCCGCUGGGAGGAGUUUGGGAAACAGGGAUCCUGGCGAGUCUAAUAAAAGAGAGAAUACAUCCGCAAUGGGUGGCUUUAGAGUUGGAAGGAGUUUUGGAAACAGAGGUUUUUCAAAUAACAAGUUUGAAGAAGGUGAUAGCUUUGGUUUCUGGAGAGGCUGUCAAGAUGGAAAUGAUUCAGAAGCUUCAGUGUCAUCCAGAAGAGGUGGAAGAGGUAGUUUCCGAGGUUGCCGUGGAGGAUUUGGUCUAGGAAGUCCAAAUAGCAAAUAUGAACAAGAUGAGGGGACCCAGCGCACUGGUGGCAUUUUUGGCUCUAGAAGAUCAGCAUUAACUGGUGUAGGAAAGGGUGACACUUAUCAAAGCAGAAGUGGUAGUGGAAGUGGAAGAGGUGGUUACAAAGGUUUAAAUGAAGAAGUAAUUACAGGCUCUAGAAAGCAUUCUUGGAAGUCAGAAGCUGAAGGAGGAGAAAGUGGUGACACUCAAGGACCAAAAGUGACCUACAUACCACCUCCUCCACCUGAGGAUGAGAGCUCCAUCUUUGCACAUUAUCAGACAGGCAUAAACUUUGACAAAUAUGAUGCUAUUCUUGUAGAAGUAUCUGGACAUGAUGUACCACCAGCAAUUCUGACUUUUGAAGAAGCUAAUCUUUGUCAGACACUGAAUAGCAACAUUGCUAAAGCUGGUUAUACUAAGCUUACUCCUGUGCAAAAAUACAGUAUUCCUAUUAUACUAGGAGGAAGAGAUUUGAUGGCUUGUGCUCAGACAGGGUCUGGAAAGACUGCAGCUUUUCUGUUGCCAAUUUUGGCUCAUAUGAUGCGUGAUGGAGUAACUGCCAGUCGUUUUAAAGAGCUGCAGGAACCAGAGUGUAUUAUUGUCGCACCAACCCGAGAAUUGAUCAGUCAGAUCUAUUUGGAAGCCAGAAAAUUUUCUUUUGGGACUUGUGUAAGAGCUGUUGCUAUAUAUGGGGGAACCCAGUUGGGGCAUUCCAUUCGACAAAUAGUACAAGGCUGUAAUAUAUUAUGUGCUACUCCUGGGAGACUGAUGGAUAUCAUAGGUAAAGAAAAGAUUGGUCUCAGACAAGUCAAAUAUAUAGUUUUGGACGAAGCUGAUCGCAUGCUGGAUAUGGGUUUUGGACCAGAAAUGAAGAAGUUAAUUUCCUGCCAAGGAAUGCCAUCAAAGGAACGGCGUCAGACCCUUAUGUUUAGCGCAACUUUUCCAGAAGAAAUUCAAAGGUUGGCUGGGGAGUUUUUAAAGUCGAAUUAUUUGUUUGUUGCUGUUGGACAAGUGGGUGGAGCAUGUAGAGAUGUUCAGCAGAUCAUUCUCCAAGUUGGCCAGUACUCAAAAAGAGAAAAACUUGUCGAAAUUCUACGAAACAUAGGAGAUGAAAGAACUAUGGUCUUUGUUGAAACCAAGAAAAAAGCAGAUUUUAUUGCCACUUUUCUUUGUCAAGAAAAAAUAUCAACAACAAGUAUUCAUGGUGAUCGAGAACAGAGAGAGAGAGAACAAGCCCUUGGAGAUUUCCGCUGUGGAAAGUGCCUAGCUCUUGUUGCUACUUCAGUAGCUGCCCGAGGGCUGGAUAUUGAAAAUGUUCAGCAUGUUAUCAAUUUUGAUCUCCCUUCUACCAUUGAUGAAUAUGUUCAUCGAAUUGGGCGUACUGGUCGUUGUGGAAAUACUGGCAGAGCUAUUUCCUUUUUUGAUCCUGAAUCAGAUGGCCAUUUAGCACAGCCUCUAGUGAAAGUACUGUCAGAUGCUCAACAGGAUGUUCCUGCAUGGUUGGAAGAAAUUGCCUUAAGUAUGUAUGUUACUGGCUUCAGUGGUAGUACAAGAGGAAAUAUGUUUGUAUCAAUUGAUACUAGAAAGGGCAAGAGCUCUUUGAACACAGCAGGGUUUUCUUCUUCACAAGCUCCUAAUCCAGUAGAUGAUGAGUCAUGGGAUUAA